AUGAGUUCCCAAAGGCUCAGCUCGGUACCAAAUGGUGGAAACCGGCAUGCGUUACAAGAGUUUGCUGACUGGAUUGCCAAUAUUGGCGAUGGGAAGCUUGGUGGCCAGAAUAACGGUGGGAACACUGACCCCGAGCACCUGUUGGGUCGUGCCAUAUUAGCACCGACGCUCGACGUUGUCAACGCUGUUAAUGACUAUAUGACUGAGUUGCACAAUGCCGAAAGUAGGUCAUACUAUAGUUCAGACGCAGUAUGCAAAGCCGAUGGCGAUAACGGUAUAUUUGGAGACGUACACACACCGGAGUUUCUAAAUAGCAUUCGGGUUUCAGGUCUACCAAAUCAUACACUGACCUUGAAAAUCGGAUCACCAGUAAUGUUAAUGAGAAAUAUUGACCAUUCACUUGGUUUGUGCAAUGGAACUCGGUUGAUAAUCACAAAGCUAGCAGAUCAUGUGAUUGAAGGCGAGAUCCUGACUGGUCCCAACAAAGGUACAAAAGUGUUAAUCCCCCGAAUGUCAAUGGCACCCUCGGAUCCAAGAUUGCCGUUCAAGUUUCAACGAAGGCAAUUCCCAUUGAUGCUUUCAUAUGCAAUGACCAUAAACAAAAGUCAAGGCCAAACGUUGACCCAUGUAGGUUUAGUACUAAAGAAACCGGUUUUUGUACACGGUCAGUUGUACGUAGCUGCAUCUCGGGUUAAUAAUCCAGACGGUCUCAAAAUAUUGAUAGCAAAAGACUCAAGUUCAACUACAACCUCAACCACUAAUGUUGUAUAUCAUGAAGUUUUCAAUAAUUUGUAG